AACAAUAAGUUACCUAAAAUCGUAGGAGAGGAGAGGACGAAGUACGAAUUGUUUUCUGCUGUGUUCAGGGCUUCAGGCUGUGGGAUCGAGCAAUUAAGCUCCGAUGGUGACGGGGUUCGACGGCAACAGGACAACAGUGAAGGGGGUCGACGGAAAUAGGACAACAUCGAAGGACGUCGACAGAAAUAGGCCUGGGUCGUGUCUCUUGGUGGAGCUUGCGCCAGCGACGGAGACGACAAAGAUCCUGCCGGCUUGGAUCGGCUGCGUUUGGAUUCGACGAACGGAGGAGGGAUCGACGACGUAUCGUUCCCCAGGAAGGGGAGAGGGAUGCCUUGCUUAGGGAGUUAGGGACGGCAGGUUGAGGGUAUUGGGCUUUUGGCUGAGCCCGAUGUUUGGUUGAUGACUUGCUGUCAUUCCCAUUCGGUGUUGGAAUACGGAGUUGUCGACGGUAAUUUACCGUCCCUUCCUCGGUACACCGUUUGCCAAGAUCCCACCUUCGACUACCAUUUGAUAUGCGGUUACCGGUUAAAUCGUUAACCGCUAUACCGUUAACCGCAAUACCGUUUACCACCCCUAGUAGUGAUGUUGCGAGCUUGGCACCAUGUGAUCGUGAUAGAUGCAACAUACAAGAUCAAUAAGUAUGAUAUGCCUUGGGUUGAGAUUGUCGGCAUGAAACCAGUGGGAUUUAACUUUGUCAUUGCAUCUGCAAUAGUGUACGACAAGACGAAGGAGUCAUACCAGUGGCUUCUGACGCAUUUGCAACAUCUUCUUGGCCCCAUUGUUCCAGAUGUGUUUGUCAGUGACAAGGCAGGAGGAUUGGUUGAGACCGUGGGGGUAAUGUUUCCAUCAUCGACUCAUAUAUUAUGUCUUUGGCAUAUAGAUAGGAAUGUGAGAGCAAAAUGUCCAGCGGAGGUGCGAAGGACGAACCAUUGUGGUAUAGAUGAAGCCAAACCGACAGUGGAUCAUAUCAUGGCGUCUUGGCAACGUGCUGUAUAUGCAUUGACAGUGGAAGAUAUGAAUACUACCUUAGACAAUUUCAAACGUAGUUGGGGAGUACAGUACCGACGACUUUGGGGGUAUUUGGCAGCUGAGUGGUUACCAGUUAGACACAUGUGGGCUAAAUGUUAUACCAAUCAAGUGCAACAUUUGGGUAACACAAGCUCCAAUAGGGUUGAAGCUGCCCAUUCCUCCUUCAAGAAGUGGCUUCAAUCAUCUACUGGCGCAGUCGAUACGGUUAGUCUCCUAAUAAAUCUUCAUUGAUACAUAGAGAAUUUUAGUAGUCUCCUAAUUGUUCUUCAUUGUCUGUAGGUAUUCAAGAAGAACGAUGAUUACAUUGAGGCUCAACACCUUCAAAUCAGGAAGCUUCUAGAGGAUUCUUGACAAAAGAAGCUGCUCCGAGCGGAUGGAAAACCAUUUCGAGAGUUGAAUACGAAAGCCACUCUAGAAGCUCUAAGGUUGAUGUUGUUCGAGGUAGCAGUGGAAGGGGAACCUUGUACAUGUACGUUUCCUCCUACCUAUGGUCUCCCAUGUAGGGCUGGGAAAAUAGACCAGACAGUUAGAAAAACCGUGGUCCAAACCGUACCGCACAGUUUGGUCUGGACCGUAGACUGUUAAGUAUGGUCUGGUCUGGUCCAUGGUCUGUAUUAUCUUAUGUUUUGAUCUCUUGGUCUGGUCUGGUCUAGACCGCGGUUUACCGGACCAAACCGUGGACCCAACUGACUUGUCAAUACGUGUUAACAGCCCAUUCGACCACUCUCCCAACUCCUACAACGACACCCAAGUGUGAACCUUAGUUUUGUGAAUCUCGUCCCUCCUUCAUUCACAACCACAUUUAACCAGAGAGUAGAGAUAAUCGUGUCUCCAUAUGACAUUAUGUUAAUGUUUAUGACGUUAUGGUGCAAGUUGGGAUCCUUUUACUUUGUAUCUUUGUUAUGUACUAAGAUUUAGAGUAUCAAAAUUAUUCAUGCAUGUUAGGAUUAAUGAUUUAAGGAAAAUAACAAUUAUUUUUCCUGGUUAUUGGUUCAAUUUUUUGUGUGGUUGACUAAACAAAUUAUUCAUUUUUCG